CGUUCGCCCCCUACAAUUGAGUGGGAGUGCGUCGCAAUUCAUGCCGCUUGGCACGCGCCCUACGUCCUGCUCUUCUCCCACUUCUUCAUCGAGGUCCGCCAUGUGGAGUCGGGUCGUCUCGCACAGAUCAUACCUGGACGCGACGCCCAAUGCCUAUGGGACGGUCGCGGCGUCCUUCAUCGAGAGGGGCUCGAGGAGCUUUUUGACGACCCGAGGGCACCCCGUGUUCACGCGGUGCUCGAC